AUGUCCUCCCAGAGCGCCAAAGGCUUUUCCAAGGGGUCUUCGCAGGGCUCUGCCCCGUGCCCAGCGCCAGCACCCACCCCAGCUCCCUCUCCUUCCUCUUCCUGCUGCGGAGGCUGCUGUGGCUCCAGCGGCGGCGGCUGCUGCGGAUCUAGCAGCGGCUGCUGCAGCUCUGGCGGCGGCUGCUGCGGAAGCUCCAGAUCCACUGGCUGCUGCUGCUUCCCACGGAGGCGACGUCGCCAGCGAAGUGGCUGCGGCGGCUGUUGCGGGGGCGGAAGCCAGAGGUCCCAGUGUUCGGGUAACAACCAGAGCUCAGGCUGCUGCUCUGGCGGCUGCUGA